CAACACAAGAAAGCGGCAGUUCUCCAAGAUGUCGUCGUCAGACACCCAAACAACGAACCGAACCUGGGAACUGAGCCUGUACGAGCUCCACCGGACCCCGCAGGACGUGAUCACGGACGGCACCGAGAUCGCCGUGUCCCCGCGGAGCCUGCACAGCGAGCUCAUGUGCCCCAUCUGCCUGGACAUGCUCAAGAACACCAUGACGACCAAGGAGUGCUUGCACCGCUUCUGCCAGGAGUGUAUCAUCACCGCGCUCCGCAGCGGCAACAAAGAGUGCCCGACCUGUCGAAAAAAGCUCGUCUCCAAGCGGUCCCUGCGGGCGGACCCCAACUUCGACAUGCUCAUCGCCAAAAUAUACCCGAGCCGCGACGAAUACGAGGCGCACCAGGAACGCGUGCUGGCCAAGCUCAACAAGCAGCACAGCCAGGCGUUGGCGCACAGCAUCGAGGAAGGGAUGCGGAUGCAGGCUUUGAACAGGGGCCAGCGGGUGCGCAAGAAUGCGUCUGAAGAGAACAGCACGGGCGGGCAGGCGCCGUCGACGCCGACCGCGGGUACGGCCUGCGUCUCGACGCCCGUCGCCAACAGUCCGGUGAGUGCGGCGACGCCGCCGACGCCGGCUCUGGCGGCGGCGGCGCCGACGGCGAGCAACACGGCGAGACAGACGCCCACCCCCGGGAGCUGUAGCGACGCGACGACCCAGAGCAGUACGAGCAGCACGACGUCGCAGCCGAGGAAGAAGCCCAAGACGUCGGUGCCGACCACGGCCCAGUCGAACGACACCGAGUCGGCCGGUGGGGAGACGGAGGAGACGGACGCUGACGAUGCUGGCUCGGACGCGGCUCAGACGAGCGAGAUCGAGCUGGUGUUCAAGCCCCAGCCGCAGCUGUUGUUGGAGGACUCGAGCGCGCAGGUCCGCUACAUCAAGACGACCGCCAACGCGACCGUGGACCACCUGUCCAAGUACCUUGCCAUGAGACUGGCCCUGGACAAGCUAGAGCAAGACGCAUCUGCGCCGCGCAGCGUGCCGCCCUUCACCAUCUACAUCGCCGUGACCCCUGGACAGUUCACGCCCCUGUCUGGCAACAUGACCCUCGACCAGGUCAACGAGAAGUACUGGAAGGUCAACAAGCCCCUCGAGAUGUACUACGCACACCGCAAGACGUGAAAGGCCAGUGCAGUGCGUGAGACUGGGUACGGUCGCAGACUACGCGAGCGGGAACGCGUCGCCGAGCUUCUGCGGUUCGUGAGAUGUGCCUCAAUAGGGCCCACAAUGACACCUGGUUUGUCCGAAGGUGCUAUCGUCGAGGGUGGUUGCGCCUGUGUGUGGCGUAUCUCUUUGCAGCGUGGUACAUUGAGUCAGACAGAGUUGGUUCUGUUGAGUGUGGAUAUGUGGCUACGCAGUCAAAGGUAUGAGAAUGCCUAUCGAAGCUCCGCAUGUGCACUCUUCCCCUCAUUGGAAAUACCACAGAAAUUUGUCCGCAAGUAUAUUUGGCAUGCCACGCUUUCGGACCAAAAACAGCCACUAGACUAGGGUGGGCAAGCAAGAGAAAAAACGGAAAGUUGUUUGUUAAUAAUUUUUUUGUCUGAUUUAGUUUCUUUGUUUUUCUCUUUGGAACGGGUCCAGAAACUUUAACGUCUCACAAAGUUGCAACAUCCCGAACAAUGAAAAUGUGGUGCCCGCACUUGUAGUCGGUGAUUCAGAUCAAAGGUUCCAGGAAGAGAACAUUAAUGUGCUUGUAAAUAGCUACUGAAAGAUAAGCUUUGAUUACGCGGAGACUAGGUAACCCAGUUCUGCCGCUUUUCAGUGGUCCGGUGUCUCUACAAAGAAGCGAAUUUUCAACACUGUUGCGUGCUGCUACCCUCGAAGGUAGUUCCUUCGGAUGCCUCACGAGGUCCUCGCUAGCCGGUGCACGACGCUCCUUCCUGGUGGCGCUCUCACGGCACGACGAAAGCGCGUUUGCCUUCGCGUUGUCUGCGAGCGUAGCUCUGUGAACUGACGACAGAGUGAGGCUCCUCUUUCCCGAAUCGUGCUGCUGCUUCGUUUCAUUGUUGUUUCUGAUUGAUCGAAGAUGUGGGCUAGGCUUCUGAAGCGGACACUACUCGUGAUUAGCCCUAGCGACUGGUCUGCGUGAUUUGUCGGUAUUAUUUUUUUUUUCCUUUCCCUCCUUACCUUUAGAAGAACUGCAGUAGAUGUUGGUUCACGAUCGUCCCUACCCCCUGCCACGAUCUGAUCUUCUAUUGAAAUGUUUCAAUCCUGUC